AUGAAGUGUUCGACUUCGCCAUUAGCCGCCAACUUGUUGUUGGCUUUUUAUGCCGUUUUAUUUUCACUUGUCAUUCAAGUGGCCAAUGCAUCGGUAUUUGGUAUUGGAGCCCGUAUGUUCGGCGAUCAAUUGCUAAUGAAAGAUAUUCUGCGAACGCCAUUUAUCUCGCUGACCAAGGAGACUGUCAUUACCUUCAAUUAUGCCAUACCGGAGCCAAUUACCUAUAUUGAAAUGAUAUCGGAUGAGGAAAUCUAUGUUAAUGUCGAUUUCAGUUAUGAAAAUGAUUUAAUUAACGGAACCAUCCGACGAAUGUUACCAAAUAUUACCCAGGAUCCAACCACUGAAUUCGAAAGUAAUAAAGAUCCCUUCGAGGUGUUAAUACAAAUCUAUGGUUAUCAUCAACUUCCCCAGAAUGUCAAUUCCCGUUAUAUCCUAAAUCGUGGUCAAAAUCUUUAUGAUCUACUAAAAUCGAGUGGGGAACCUGAGGCCACCAUCAAGGAGACAUUAAAUCUCAUGCGCGAAGAUAGCAGAGCCCUGGAACAUAUGGACGAGGAAUAUGUUGAAGAGAAUAAUGAUAUAUCAUCAGAUGUGGAUGAUCAUCAUGUGGAACACCAUCAGCCUCCGGAUCUAUCGGAUGAAGCUCUUUUCAGUUCGAAUAUGAAUAAAAUUGUUCAGUUGGGUGAGAGGCAAGAGGGUGACUAUUUGUUGUACCAUGCCGAUCAAACCUCCCCGGACACAACCGAUGAACCCACAAAUCACUCGGUGAUAUUUUAUUUUAUCGACAACAGUUUUAUAACUUGUGUGGAAUUUUUUAUAAUUGAUCACUAUUUAAAUCACCCGCUCGCCACCAAUUCCCAUCCCAUUGUCGAAUAUGAGAAACUGUCACAGCACACCCUCAAGGCAAUUGUUACAGAUCAGCACACAACCAGCCUGUUCGUCGAAAUGCAUAUCUAUGGCUAUGAGCCAAAUGACAAACCUGUUGACUUUAAAUCCUAUUUGAAAAGUGGCCAAGUAGUCACAGCCAGUGAUGGUGAUGAUGACGAUGAUAUUGUGGAUGUGCGAAUACAACUGCCAUUGACAGCGAAGAGACGCACUCGUGUCCUAUUCAAUCAGGCAGAAGCCGGAGCAGCAGAGGCAUCAGCAACUGACGAUGCUGGACAACAAGUCGGCAUUUAUAAUUGGUUGAUCGUCCUGAUGAUGACGACUUUGACAGUUCUAAUGAUUGGACGGCACAAUGGCUAUGGUGUUUAG